ACUAACUUCAAUCUUGAACAAGAACCUAGUUGCAACAAAGAAAAGAAGAGAAAAAUAUAAAUAUUUAUAGAUUAUUAUAUUGUUACAUCGACAAUUAUAUUUUAUUAGAAAUUUUUGAUUAUAACACGGUUAACAUAAAAUAUUAUUAGGAAAGUAUAUAUUCUCUUAUGUGAAUGCAACGAUUAAAUAACGCAGUAUAAAGGGUCUAUUUAAUAAUAAUGAAUGAAAACAAUACAAUGUCAAGCCACUCGCAGGAUAUAAUCAAUAUGCAGGAGAUAAUAGAAUUGGUGAAACUUCUUCGCCAGAAUGGCGACAAGAUCUUGAGUGCCUCGAGCAAGCUUUCACUAUCAACAAAAUUACUGCAUAGUCUCAAUGAAGCGUUCUUGCUGAUUGUAUUAGAAUCCGAAGAUCUAGAUUCUUCAUUUCAAGUGUGCAAUAGUUCCAAAGUAGACAUAUUUCGUGAUAUAAAAUUUUUACAUGAUUUUGUGCAGAAAACUAUAAGUUUGAAAGUGACACAUUGUUCUUCUGAUGAUGACAAAAUUAUCAUUGACAUCUCCAAGUUUAGACAUCUAAAAUAUUUGGAGCUAAGAAAGGUAUCCAUUGAAUUAUUGAAAGGUUUACAAAAUGUCAGGGGCCAGUUGGAAAGCAUUGUGUGUGCUGGUCAAAAAGGAGUAUCUACAAUCUAUCAAUUACUAGCUGCAUGUGGAGGUGAUGCUGGCAUUGGGUUUGUGUGGGCAUCCUUGAGACAUUUAAUAUUGCCUCAUAAUGCUCUUGAAUGCUUGGAUAAAUCAUUAGAAUUGGCUCCCUUGCUUCAGAUAUUGGACUUAAAUCAUAAUAUGAUAACUAGUGCAAAGGAGAUAUCUUGCUUAUCAGAUUUGAAAUAUGUCAAUCUGGGCUAUAAUAAACUGGAAGAAGUACCUGUAUUCAAUAAGGCAGCGUUACAUUCAUUACAAAUAUUAGUAUUGAAGAAUAACUACAUUGACAAUCUUAAUGGUCUUCAAGGUUUAGAAUGUUUGACAGAAUUAGACUUAUCAUUUAAUUGUUUAAUGGAACAUUUGGUCCUUUGGCCACUCCAAAAAAUGCCUACUUUAUUGUGGCUAUCUUUGGAAGGAAAUCCUUUAUCGUACCAUCCAAAACAUCGGUUACUGUCCAUAAAACAUUUACAUCCGAGUUUGUCAGAUAGCAAGUUUGUUUUAGAUCGUCUACCGCUUUCAAAGUCGGAGAAGGUGUUUGUAAUGGAAAAUCGAGUUUUUACGAUACGCGCGAAUCAAUCCAUAUCUCUGACCAGUUCAAUGUCCACAUGCGUCGAUACAUAUGAAUUCAAUGAAAACGGAUCAAAUCAGCGAAUAACAUCAUUUUCAGAGAAUUCAGAAAAAAGCAUAACAAAAAGUAAAAAAAAGUCAAAUAUGAGAGAAGCGAUUAUCGAUGAAAUUGAUCAAGAAAAGGGAGAAUUUAAGAAACUGCCCGAUGUGGUUGCUUCUUCUCAUUUGGAGUCAUCAAUGGAUCAUUUGGAGACGAAAAAGCGCAUCUUAGAUUUGCGAGAGAAAUUUGGUGAGAAUAAUUGGCUGAGCAGUCAUGCGGGGACUUCCGUUCAGGAUAUUAUGGGUCUUCGUUUUGAGCAAUUUCCAACUUCACAAAUAUUUAAGACCUUGGCUGACAUCAAUACAUCAUCGUCUCUUCAUGAUAACCUAAUUCAUACCAUGUUUAAUGAAAAAGUCAGUGAGCCUGAAUCACAAGAAAUUACAAAAUAUACGGAAGAUGACAAAGACAUUCUUCAGAAUGAAGAAAUCUUAGACGAAACGCAUACCCUGGAAAUACAUAUGGAUCAUUCUAUGGCUUUAGAUGAUCCUAAUGAAGAAGCUGGAGAUUUAUAUACUGUUCAGAAAAGGAAAGAUGAUAGUGAGAUGGAGACUAUAUUUUUAAUGAUAACCCCCGAAAAUAUCAAAGAAAGGGACUCAAUUACUGGAAAAGUAAAGUUUCAUUGGUCGAUGAGUUCAAUUCUAUCUUGCGUCUUAGGCAAGAGCGAUCCACCCACGGUCGAUAUUAUUUUUGAUACUACUAGAAAAGAUAGAAAAAAUAGGCGAUACUUCGCGGAAUUGGAAGAUGCAAAGAAAAUUGUGGCAAUCAUCAACGAGCAGAUUGAAAUGCGGCCAAUAUCGCUGCAGGUUUUUAAAUGUAUGAAAUGCUCAACGCAAUUCUCGCAGGAUGCGGAAUACGUGACGCUUGUUAAAUCGAUGACGGGUACGAAACAACUCAAGUGCCCUACUUGUAACAGCAGUUUGGUCAUCGAAAUAGAGAAUUCAUCUAGUAUGGACAAUCAGAUUACGAAGAAUCAGCUAGCAGAGAAUUCUGCAAGAAUCAACUUGCAACAUUCUGAAUCAUUCUCCAGUAUUGGUGGAAUGGAGGGUGGAGCUAAAUCCGUCACCACUUCUCUGGUACACUCCGACUCUCAUAUCCAAGCUCAAAUCUGUUGUUCAGCAACAAGUUUAGAAGGAUCAAGGGAAUCCACGCCGUCUACAAAUGCCCUGACGAAGAAAUACGAGAGCGACAUAGAGAUACUCAGCAAUCCGAGUCAGAGUAGCAUCGAGGUUUUAGAUGAAACGCUAAAGGCAAAUGCCACGCCGAGUCGGAAACAGGAGGAAAGACGUACUGCGAUUGCUCCUUCCUUAAUAACAAUUCCAGAUGCGACGCCAGUGAUGGCAGGCUUGACGGAAAGCAGUUCUUCGGGUUCCCUGACAGAUAGCAUAUGCACGGCAUAUGAAAAUAAAAUGGCCAAAUUAACGAACGAUCCUAUAGCAAAAUCCUAUAGUAGUGAAAAGGACAUUGCUCCCGUAACAAACUUGACAUCAAUGUUGGGAGGUUUACUUCAAAGUAUCAAGAUUGGUAGCAAUAAAAUAUUGAGAGGCGAAGAGGCUUCAAACUUUUUCGGCAGCGAUGUGCAAUAUUCGUAUACUGAUUUUAGUAGUAUAGAUCACAGAAUCAAACUGCACAUAAUUUUAAAUAUAUUUGAACAUGAGAACGAAGAGGUGGUAUUUCUUCUCAAGGCACAGAUUUUGAUGCAUUCUAUGCAAGAGACAUUUUCUGGAUGCUUAGUAUUAUCUACAUCUAAAGUUUAUAUUCUUAGAAUUGAUGGGCCAGAAGGGGAGGAUCCACAGCGUUGGCUUCACAAAGAGAUGAGUUGGACAACAGACAGAUUAAGAUCCUUUAUAUCGCUGCCAUAUAAGCAGGGUAUUUUGAUUGAAUUACAACAGCCUAGUAAAACCAGUGAAGAGCUUUCCACUAUUACAGUGCUGUGUAUUCUGCAAGAUUUCCAGAGAACAUCAAACUUUUUAUUUUACAUCACAGAUCUGCAAUUGCCUCCAAGUUGCGAAGUGGAAUUUUCAGUCCCAGAGUAUUUUAGCAUUUUAAUGCAUGAUUUAUUAACGAGUACUGCCAACUAUAAGACCGGAGACGUCGUACGACUACUAGCAAUAUUUUCCUCUGCAGUUUUAAAAUAUCAAAAUGUUAUCACAAAGCUCAAACUAUCUGGGUUAAUAUUGACGGAUGCAAUAUUAAUGAUACUGGAAGACAAUGUUCAAUGGCUUAUACCAGGCAGUGAUCAAACGCCUGUGAUUGCUAGGGAGCAAACUAUGAGUAAUUUGAUUGCAAUAGAACAUUGCCAUAAUUCAUUGACUUUAAAUUUCUUGGACGAGAUCGCGGGACUCGAGGAGAGUUGGAACUUAGAAUUUGUUUCUCUUAGUGCUGUUGAAGCUGUAAUCAGUUCUAUACAGCCUUCCUGGGAAGAGUUAUUCUCAAUACCUCUACAAGUAACUACUACAAGCAACUCUCGUGCUAUGCAAAAUAAUAUGGAGGAAGCUUAAAUAGUACAUAAAAAUUAAAUCUCUUAUUGGUUUCUUUUGUUUAGUUGAAGAGAUUUCAACUAUUUUUGUCUUGUAUAUAAUCAAACCUCUCUAUUUUUAGUAUAUCAAAAACAAAUUUUUUAUUUUUAUCAUGUUUACUUAAUCAUCUAUUUCAAUGAUACAUACAAAAUGAAAAUGUCGUUUUGAUUAUAUGCAUAAUAAUAUUUUCAUAUUAUGCAUGUGUGAGCAAAUGGCAAAUAUGAAGCAAUAAGAUAGCACAGGAAAAGAUAUGUCUUUCUUCCAGAUAUUAAUUUAUUUAAUUCAGUUAUAUAAUUAAAAGUAAAAUUUAAAGAAUAUUACAUAUACAUAUAUAUACUUUUUAAGAAGGCUUUAUUCAAGGCCAUAUGAGUAUGUUCUUGCGCUUGUAUACAAUUUAGAUUUUUUGUAUUGAAUUUAGCAUUGAUUUAAUUAAAGAAAUUGCAGGGAUAUUUUGGAAUGCUAUGAAAUGUAGAAAAAUAAUUGAUGAUAAGAGAUUAUUGAUAGGUUUAUCAAUGGUGCUACAAGGACUGCAAUAUUAUUACCUGUAAAUAUUUUUAAUUGAAUUUUCUCUCUUUUCAUACUGAAUUUGUAACCAAAGUUUUACAAAGAAUAUUACGAAUUGCACAUAAUCUUAUUUGUACAUCACAUGAAUCUGUGUUACAUAUUUAGUAAUAUUAGUUACUCACAUCUGAUUGUAAAUGUCCGACUGUGAUAUGUAUAUUUUGAAUUUUACAAUAAAAGGCAAGACUCAGGUAUUUACUGUAGAUAUUUAUAUCGCGAGGAUAUUGUAAUGUAUAUUUUGUAACAACGUAAAUUUAAAAAUAUAACUAUGAUC